GCUUCUCUAUAAGAACUCACCUUAAAUUCGUCUAACCAAACGUUGUUUACCCUUCUCUCUCUCUCUCUCUCUCUCUCUCUCUCUUUGUAAUCUUCCCCUUUCUCUGUUUUUUAUUUCUACUCGAUCGGAUCUCUCUCUGCACAUUCUCAUGGAAUCUCAGAACCUCAAACAACGAAUUAGGGACGAAUCCACAGUCACCAACAACACAACAAAUGAAAUCAACAAGAACAAGAGAUCCAAGAGAACGAUCAUGGCGAAACGCGGCCUUCGUUCAUUAACCAUCGCUGUUGCCUUUCCUAUCUCUCUCACCCUCGCCACAAUCUACUGCUCUGGAGGUUCCCUAGCGAAGAAGCCCUUCUUCUGGGCCCUCCACCUGGCUUCUCUGGCUUCCUCUUUCCUUAUGGGUCUUUCCGGUUGGCUUGUUUGGGCUGAAGGUGGCUUUCAUCGUAAACCCACCGUUUUGUAUCUUUAUCUAGCUCAACUCAUUCUGGGCCUCUUAUGGGCCCCCAUUACAUUCACUUAUGGAGCCACUAGGUUAGGGUUGAUCGUUUGUGUUUCUCUCUUUGGAGCUCUUGUGGGCUGUUCUCAGAGCUUUAGGAGGGUGAACCCAAUCGCUGCUGAUCUUGUUAAGCCUUGUUUGGCUUGGGUGGCCUUCAUGACAAUUGUAAAUUUUAAGCUUCUUUUCAUUUGAAGUUGGCUAUUUGGGUUGGACUUUUUUGUUUUUUGGGUUAUGUAACUAAGUAUUUGCACCUGCCCUCCCUUUUUUUUCUUAAUGGUAAAUGUAUUUUUACGUGGUUGAUUAGUAUGUUCAUGUGUUGUAAACAAAUUAGUGUGAUUUGUAAUUUUUCUCCCUUAAGCCAAUGUUACUUCAUUUCCUAAUAGUAGAUUAGGGUGAAGAGAUAAUCUCUUCAUCCAAGACAAUUUGAUGUUA